ACCAAACUACUUAAUAUCAGAGAGAGAGAGAGAGAGAGAGAGAGAGAGAGAGAGAGAGAGAGAGAGAGAGAGAGAGCAUGGGGAGAGGGAAAGUAGAGCUAAAGAGGAUAGAGAAUCCAUCAAGCAGGCAAGCAACCUUCUCAAAGAGACGAAAUGGGCUUCUGAAGAAGGCCUAUGAGCUUUCUAUCCUCUGUGAUGCUGAGGUUGCUCUUCUCGUGUUCUCUCCUUCGGGAAAGGCUUACCACUUCUCCAGUCACGAAAUGGAUAGGACCAUUGCAAGGUACAGGAGUGAAGUUAGACUAAACUCACAAUCUAACCAAGGGCUUAGAACCAUGGAGAUUUGGAGGACUGAAAUGGAAGAAUUAAAGAGAACCAUAGAAACCUUGGAAGCAAAACAGAAGCACUUUGCUGGGGAAGAUCUAUCGAUGUUGAGCAUGAAAGAAUUACAGAAAUUAGAGCGCCAGAUGCGGACUGGAGUCGAACGCGUCCGAUCUAAAAAGAGAUGCAUCCUUUCGGAGCACAUCAACUCCAUGAAGAAAAAGCAGAGGACCCUGCAAGAGGAGAACGUUCACCUCCAAAAAAGACUUCAUGAGUUGCACGAGGGGAGGAGGCAGAUAAUGGAAGCUCAAGAAUACAGGGACCCGGCACUAUCAAUUCACUUCACAGGUUAAUUAAAGAUCAAGAAGCCGCACUCUAGACAGGAAUUGCAUGCCAAAAAAACUCCACAUGGUCUAGCUCCCAUCAUAUAAUGCGCAUGUAAUUAUGCAACUUUCAAAUACUAUCCAAUAUUUAUAGUAUGUAUAUUGCAUGUUCUGUAUUUGUAUUUAUGCUCUUUUUUUGGUAUGAAAACUGUUUGCUGUUAUCGGUUUGUAGUUAACCUGAGAAAAUUAACAUGCAUGUGUUCAGCUGUUAAUGUAUAAAUGUUCGCAUUUGCGGAUUUUUAUCGAAUAAUCUGAGGGUCGUUCUUGAAUUCAAU